UCGGUGAAACAGGAGCCACAGGAUGAUGACUUUGCUGCAAAGAAGAAAGGCAUGAAAAGAAAGAGGAUUAAGGAUGAGCCCAUAGAAGGCGCUUCACACUCCACUGCUACACCCAAAUCAAAGAAGAAAGAUAAGAGAAAUGGGCAGGAAGAAGAAAGUGCUGGAGAAGAUCAGAGAAAGAAGUCAAAGAAGAGAAGAGAAAAGGCGGUAAAGAAAGAUGAUGGAGAGCACCCGGUGUCCCAAAAACCGAAGAAGACAAAAAAAGAAAUCACGGAGGCGAGGGUCAAAAAGAAGGACGAGGAGGAGAAGAGUCGCUGGAGAUGGUGGGAGGAGGAGAAGUAUGAAGAUGGCGUGAAAUGGAAGUUCCUGGAGCACAAUGGACCCUUCUUCCCCCCCGAGUACCAGCCUCUGCCAGACAACGUUCACUUCUACUACGCUGGAAAGAAGGUGAAGCUGAGCUUGGCAGCCGAGGAGGUGGGCUUGUUCUUCGCCCAGAUGUUGGACCAUGAAUACACCACCAAGAAGGUGUUCCGGGAGAACUUCUUUACAGAUUGGAGGAAGGAAAUGACCCAUGAGGAGAGGACACUGAUCAAAGAUCUGGACAAAUGUAACUUUACAGAGCUCUUCGCCAUGCAUAAAGCCAGGGUGGAGGCCAGGAAGCUCAUGACCAAAGAGGAGAAACUGGCUGUGAAAGAGGCCAACCAGAAGAUUGUUGAUGAGUACGGCUACUGUCUGCUGGAUCACCACAAAGAGCGCAUCGGCAACUUUAAGAUUGAACCUCCAGGGCUGUUCCGGGGCAGAGGAGAGCACCCCAAACAGGGCAUGCUGAAGACAAGGAUCCUACCAAAGCAAGUCAUCAUCAACUGCAUGAAAGGAUCCCGUGUCCCUGUGGCGCCUGCUGGUCACAAAUGGAAGGAGGUUCGUCAUGACAACACUGUGACAUGGCUGGCCAGCUGGACCGAGAACAUUCAGGGAUCUAUUAAAUACAUCAUGCUCAAUGCCAACUCUAAACUCAAGGGAGAAAAGGACUGGGAGAAAUAUGAAGUUGCCCGCAAACUGAAGUCAUGCGUGGGCAACAUCCGUGAACAGUACGACCAGGAUCUGAAAUCUAAACAGAUGCAAACCCGACAAAGAGCCGUGGCCCUCUACUUCAUAGACAAGCUGGCGCUGAGAGCUGGUAACGAGAAGGAUGAGGGAGAGACGGCGGACACGGUGGGUUGCUGCUCCCUGCGCGUGGAGCACAUCACCCUCCAUGACAAACUGGACGGCAGCGAGUGUGUGGUGGAGUUCGACUUCCUGGGUAAAGAUUGCAUUCGCUACUACAACAAGGUGCCCGUCAUCAAGAAGGUUUUUAAGAAUCUUAAACUUUUCAUGGAAAACAAAUCACCUGGAGAUGACGUCUUCGAUCGCCUCACUGUGAGUCUAUCGCUAACACUCACUGCUAACACUAUUUGUGCAUGUUUCAUUGAUACCAGCCAAUCUUGA